AAAAAUAUUAAGCAGACCAACCUUAAUAAUAAAGAAAUGUUUCUUGAUUUCUGAAGGAAAAUCAAGAACAUUAUGACUGCUAAAAAGUUCAGCAUUACAUCACAUCAAAUUAGACUGACUAGUGAAGUCAAUUUGAACUAAUUUAUUCAAAUAGAAAACUGUUGCUUUAAAUUAUAAUAACAUUUCAAAAUAUUAUCCAAACAUAAAAUGUAUGGAGAUUCAGUAUCUGUGUUGUUACCCAAUGUUUGACCUGCGCGUGGCGCUGAAACACCAUUCUCAGUAAAAAAUAGUUAUUACUUUCGCUGUUUUUAUUUAUUUAUUAAUAUAUAUCUAGGCUAUAUUGAUAUGUCCUCACGUAUCAUCAUUGUAUGUUUGAAAUAUCUGUUAUCAACUAAAUACAUAUUUUUCCCUUCUGGUUGUAUUUUAGAACUUCCUGUAUUGAUUUUGGCAUAUGGAUUACAGAGUACAUAGAAGCCUGAAGCAUUUUUGGCAAUGCUGACUAUGAUGUAGUAGGUACUAGAUAGUCAGCCAAAUAGGUUAUGAGACAUAGCCAGUGUUUUACUCCAGAAGAGGGGAUUGUAUUUUACUCUAGUCAGUCCUCACCCGUCAGGUCUCAAUAACUCCCUCAGGCGUUGAACUCUACUCGUCUGAGCAGGAUAACAUCAGAUAAAGCACAGGGAAUCAGGGAAGAGCUCUUAGACGUCGGACCAUGCGUGAGGGAUUUUGGAAACUUCUUUGUAUUUUCAUGUUUUCCUUUCGUGCUUUUAAAGCUUCGGCAGCUAUUUAUCCGGUUCCAGUGAGACUGCAGCGCACAGUGUCGGAACACAACACUGGAGCAAACACACACAGCAGGAACUGGUGCCAGUACACAGUACAGAAGAUUGUUUCAUGCCAGAAACAAAAUGGUACAGAGACUGUUGUGCAGCGACUGUUCCAGAGUUGCCGAUGGCCUGGACCGUGUUCAAACCUCAUCAGCUACAGAACUCUGGUGAGACCUGUGUACAGAGUGACCUACAGGAAAAUCACUUCUCUGGAAUGGCGAUGCUGUCCAGGAUUCCAUGGAGAAGACUGCAGAGAGGAGUGCAUGAACUGUACUGGUUAUGCUGACAUCAAAGAGCGCUUGAAUGUCAUUGAAGCUCAGAUAAUGUUACUGAGAGAUGCUGAAGCGCCCCCUCUCCCUCAGCCCAGCCAAUCACCUGAGAGAACAGCUGAUAAUGAAGUGGACAGGACACACCCCUUACCAAUAACACCCAAUGCCAUUGGCCGACCAGGACCAAUAGGACAACCAGGACUUGUUGGGCCGCCAGGUCCCCCUGGGCCUCCUGGACCUUUAGGAAAGAUGGGGUUUCCUGGAAAACCUGGUCCCAUAGGACUUAGAGGACCUCAAGGUUUGCAAGGCCUUCCAGGUGAAAGAGGCCUUCCUGGGCCACCUGGACCCCCAGGGCCCUUCUCCAUCAGGGGAGAUGUUUACACUGUAAUGGCUAAACAACAUGCCCAGUAUGAAGAUAGUGACUUAGCGGCCUAUCGUGACCUGCAGGCUUUUCUUGGUCCUCCUGGGCCCUCGGGCCCUCCUGGUCCACCAGGGCCUGCCGGACCACCUGGACACCCAGGUGCACCAGGGAAAAAUGAUGCCUUAAGCUUUUCAGCCACACCAGGUGACAGGGGACCCAAAGGAGAUCCUGGAGAAAGAGGACUACCUGGAAUAACAGGAAAGCAAGGACAACCUGGUGUUCCGGGUCCUAAAGGUGAGCCGGGAGAGACUCCAUCAGAGGUGCAGCAGUUGAGGGAAGCGCUGAAGAUUCUGGCCGAGAGGGUCCUCAUUCUAGAACACAUGAUCGGCAUUCAUGAUACUCUGUUGGACUCUGGUUCUGGAAUAGAUCUCCUGGCGGACUUCAUGCUAACAGGCAGUGCUAAAAGUGUUGGCGCUGCCAAACCCUCCUCUCCUCUUACCUCAGACAGAGAGUAGCCAGACUCUGUUGGGUAUGGAGAGUUAAUAACAAACACUUGUGACCGCAAGGCCUUUAUCUCCUGUCUGUUACUGUGAAGGACAGAUCCCUCAAUGUAUUUUUUUAUGAGCUUGAUAAGAGUGGCACUGAUCUUUUCUACUUUAUUUACUUGUAUUUCAUGUUCAUUUUUUUACCUGUCAAAAAUAUGUUUUUAUUGCAAAUCACAACCUGUUUUACUUCCACGGUGUGAUGUAUUUCAAUGGCUGGCCUUUAUUUUAGCCAUUUAUUGGAUGGCUAAAAUAUGAGUUCAUUUCUUUUAUUAUAGUAAAAGUGAGGAUUUUGGAUGGGCAGGAUGUCUGGGUUAAUUAAUCAACAAAGAUGAUACUUGAUUAUACAAAAAAAGCAUUCUUGACACUAUUCACUUCUUAAUGUUGUUAUGUGGCAUGAAUAAUGAUUCAAUACCGCAGUCAUUCAAGCUGAAAAUAAAUGUUUAAUCAUAAAGACUUUCCAGGAAACAAAAA